AUUUAUUCUUCUCUAUUUAUAAGGAUUAUCUAUCCUUCUCUAUAUUAUUAAUAGAUUUACUGCUUGAUCUCUGCCUAAGCAGGUACUGAAGCUCACCGCCAAGCUUGCAGUGCCACCGCAGCGUCACCGAUUCCUGUCACUCCAUCACCGCUCAAGGAUUCAGCAAUGCUCUAGCACCAUGGUGUCUCUCUGGCCCUGGAGGGGCCAAGAUAACUCCCCGGCGUCUUUCGAGAAGACGCUGUCCGCUCUCUCGACCAAAAUCACCCACACGCUCGCCCGGCAAGAUACGCUGCGCCAGCAGUCCCGUCGUUUCAAGGCCCUCUGGACCCUCUACACUUCCUUUGCCUACCUUCUCUACUCCAUCAUCCUGGGCUUGGUCCUCGGCUGGCAGAACUGGGGGAUUCUCGAAUACGCCGCCGUCAUCGGCGGGCCUCUCCUCAUCUAUACAGUUCGGAUCACUGGCAGUAAAUACUUUGAAUACCGCAUCAGCAAGACCCAACGCUCCCUCGACGAUCUCCAGACCCAACGCGACGCCACCAUCGAGAAACUCAAGAUCGCUACCAAAUACAACUCCACGCAGCAGCUGCUGGAAAAGUAUGGCGGGGCCGAGAGUUCUCCAAAGGGAGACUCUGAGAAACGCAGGGAGGCCAAGUCGCAGCAGAAAGGCCAGAAGCAGCCGCAGCCGCAGCAGCAGCAGAUAGCCAGGACGGGGCUGCCUCCCCCUCCGACUGCGAAUAUCCGACAGAACCAUUCACCGGGUGGACUGAGAUCCCCGGGUUCGCCGGCCGCGAAAUCCCCCUCUCAAGUCCCCACGGAUCACUACGUUGACGAACCGGGGUUUGCCCCUAAUGCGUUCUCCACGUCGUCCAUCCCUGCCGCGACCCCAACCACACCACCUCAAUACAUCGAACAUCCAAACCACUGGUACGACCGCCUGCUCGACGUGCUCCUCGGCGAAGACGAAACCCAGCCCAAGAACCGCAUCGUGCUCAUCUGCACGUCCUGCCGGCUUGUUAACGGGCAAGCCCCGCCCGGGGUCAAGGAUCUGGCGGAGCUAGGCCGAUGGCGCUGUGCGAGCUGCGGCGCGUGGAACGGGGAGGAAAAGGUGUGGCCGGCUGAUCUCAGUGCUUCUGGAGCACUUUCUGCAGGAGCACUUUCUUCAGCUGAUGAGGGAACCCCUUCAUCUUCUUCUUCAGAGGAGGAGGAGGUAAUUGCUUCCCCUAGUGAGAGUAGUGAAGUGGUUGUAUCGGAGAAAGAAGAGAAAGAAGAAGAGGAAAAGGAAGAGAAAGCGGCGCCUCGACGAUCGAAGCGCGGCAAGGCCAGGCAAAGGUGA